AUGCAUAAACAUUCUAGUUGUAGUUCAAAAUUUAAGCAAGUUAUAGAAAAUUAUGUGAACAUGAUUGAAUUUGAUGAUGUGUUUAAUUAUAUUGAAGAUAAAACACUUAAUAAUAAUUAUAUUUUUGAUACUGAGGAUUUAGAUAAUCUUUUACAAUUCGAUAGUGAAAAUUUGGAUAUCAAAGAAAUGUUGGAUUUUAAGGCAUUUUUAAAUAAAAAAACUGAAUAA